AUGAUUAGUAGCUCCUCCUCGAUUCCUGAGGUUUCUACUAAUCCCUCUUUACCUCCCAAGCCUAUAGGCCGAGCGAAGUCUAAAAACAACUCGAAAAUGAAAUCUAAAGAAAAAAGCAAAUCAAUCGACAAAGGCCCGGCUAACUUAUCAUAUUUUCAUAACUCUUCUCGAGGGGAUGGGAACAUUGGAUCGAAUAUCGAUUCAGAUAAACCAAAAUCAACAUCUAACAAAAAAAAUAAGUCCAGAUCAACAACUCCCCAAUCUUUCAGCAGCAAUAGCAGCAACAAGGAUACUUCCAAUUUAACUUCUCGGCAAAAGAAGAGGAUAAAAAAGAAAGAACUUCGAAAGGAAAAAAAGAUUUUUAAACAGCAUUCUAAACGAAUAAAAUCUUUAGAGCAAAAUACCACGAAAGACACCUCAAAUGAAGAAUCGGACUCAAAUAAGGAGGAUAUAAUUGUUAUUGAUUCCGAUUCAGAAGAGGAAUCUAAAGCUAUUCAGUCUCAAGAUUUAGGAACUCUUUCUGAGCCAAAGAGAGAAACCUCAGUUUCAUCUACAACAAAUGAACUGACCAACAAUACCGAUUUUAUUUCCUUUAAUUUCUCCAGCGAUGAAGAUAGUGAUGAUGAAAACAACUCAAAUAACAAUUCCUUAUAUGACAGAGAUUAUGAUAGUGAUGAUGGCCGUACUUAUGUACCUCUGAUAACCUCGAAAACUUCGUCAAAUGGUUUUAAUAGUGAAGAAGGUGAAGAAGGUGACAGUAAUGAUGAAUACUACAAUCCAGCAUCAGAAAGUUCUCGGAAACGUAAAGCCAAACCAAUCGAUAUACAACACAAAAGACAGGACACAUCAAAGGAGUACCCGUGGAUUAAAAGCAAUAUGAAGUCACAUAAAGAGAUUGCUGAUAGACUUACAGCGGAAAUUAAGGAUUUUGUGGCUUAUCUUUCUCCAUCAGAAGCUGAAAUUAUUGCUCGAAAUGAAGCUGUUUCUCGUGUUAGAAAACUUGUCGCUAGUAUAUGGUCUGAUGCUACAGUAAACGUUUUUGGAUCAUAUGCAACCGAUAUGUAUUUACCGGGAUCAGAUAUUGAUAUGGUAAUCACCUCCCCAACUCAACGGCUUGCGACUAAAAGCCAUCUGUAUCAGCUUGGUGGUUUAUUACGAAACAACCCUAAAAUUGCCUCUAAUGUUGUCGUUAUUGGUAAAGCUAGAGUUCCUAUCAUUAAGUUUGUUGAUCGGUCCAGUAACAUUCAUAUCGACAUUUCUUUUGAACGGACCAAUGGCCUUACAGCGGUCGAACACAUUCGUGGUUGGAGCCAGCGUUUCCCAUGUUUGCGUGAGCUGGUUAUUCCAAUAAAGCAAUUUUUAUCUCAUCGCAAACUAAAUGAUGUUUCUAAUGGUGGAAUGGGUGGGUAUUCCAUUAUAUGUUCUAUUGUAUCAUUUCUUGCUCUUCAUCCAAAACUUGCCUCAGGUUCAAUAGAUCCAUCGCGAAAUUUAGGCACUCUUUUGAUUGAAUUUUUCGAGCUUUAUGGGAAAAAUUUUAAUUAUGAUAAUGUUGCUCUUUCAAUGGGAUCUUCAUCAUUUGGAUAUAUCAACAAAAGCAAAAUUUACAAUCUAUGUCAUUCGGGUGCUAAAUAUACCCCCUAUGCACUAGUUAUACAAGAUCCUGAUGAUCCUGAUAAUAAUAUCAGUAGAGGCACCUUUAAAAUUAUGAACAUCAAACGUGCAUUUUCUGGAGCUUUCGACUUGUUGACUGCCAAAUGUUACGAACUUAAUUCCUUACCUGUAUCAAACCGCAAAAAUCAAAGCAUUCUGGGGAUGAUUAUAAAGCUCAAAGGUCCUGAACGAGACUUUUUGGAUUUUCGAUCAAAGGUAGAAAAUAUUGCAUGGAAGUCUACAAGUAGCGACAGUGGCGAUGAAUACAGUGACAAUGAUAAUGAUUACGAUCCAGCCGAAGUAGAGUUUGAAAACAAUCGGCGUCCCCCGGCAGCCCAGCCUCUACAGAGAGUUGAUAGAAAAUCAUUCAACGACUCUCAAAAAUCUAAGCUUGAAAGCUUUUUUGUUAUUGAUUCAGAUGAAGAGGUUAAGGAUAAUGAGAAUGACGAAAAGUAUGAACCCCAAAUACCUCAAGUUAAUUCUAAUGAUAAAUUGUCUGCUUCUAUUUUAAAUGGUAAUUCCCCUGGUGACCCAAUUGAAGUAUCAUCUGAUUCAGAUUACGAUCCAGCUGACUUAGACACUUCUGCUAUCACUGAAGAAAAAGAAAACGCUGCUAACUCUUAUAAAGAUGAUUCUUCAGACAGCAGAACACACUCAAUUCACAAAAAAAUGAAACGUCAGGAUUACUGGAGUCAAAAAAGUGGCACAUCAUAA